GGGAACAACCCUCUUUCCAUGUUGCUAUGGAUAGCGAUGUAGACAACAUAACGUGUCUCAACAUGACCACCGUCCAGGGCGUUAAGUCGGCGGUGGCAGGGAUGGACUUCACCCUCCAGGCGAUGUGGGUGCUGCUUUUCUCCGGGAUGUUGUUCAUCGCCAUAUCAGGCAAUACGAUGGUCAUCUGGAGCGUCAUCGCGCACAGAAGAAUGAGGACUGUUACGAAUUACUUCCUCGUCAACCUGAGUCUCUCCGACCUCGUCAUGUCCAUCUUCAACUGUAUCUUCAAUUUUAUUUCCAUGAUGAACAAUGAUUGGACUUUCGGAACGCGAUACUGCACCAUCAACAACUACCUGGCCAACGUGAGCGUCGCCGCAAGCGUCUUCACUCUGACCGGAAUCACGAUCGACAGGCAUUUGGCCAUAAUAAAACCGCUGAAGCCGCGGAUGUCCAAAGCGUCGGCGCAGCUGAUCAUCGGUGGCAUUUGGGCGUUGAGCUUCCUCAUCGGCUCCCCUUGCCUCGUCUAUUCGACAACGAUAACCCACAAAGCCAGCGGACUAACCGCCUGCAUACUCCAGUGGCCGGAUGGAUAUUCGGGCGUUUCAACAUUAGACUAUAUAUAUAACUUGAUUUUUUUCCUGGUCACGUACCUGAUACCCAUCGCUGCGAUGAUCUGCUGUUACACGACGAUGGGCAGGGAGCUCUGGGGGUCCAAGACGAUCGGGGAGCUCACUCAAAGGCAGAUAGAUUCCAUCAGAUCCAAAAGAAAAGUGGUGAGAAUGUUUAUUCUGAUCGUGCUCGUCUUUGGACUGUGCUGGCUCCCGUACCACUCGUACUUCAUCUAUGUACAUCACAGGCGGGACCUCGUCUACUCAAAGUACAUCCAACACGUGUACCUCGGCUUCUACUGGCUGGCCAUGGCCAACGCCAUGCUCAAUCCACUCAUCUACUAUUGCAUGAAUCAGAGGUUCAGGGAUUACUUCAGGAUGGCGAUUUGCGAGUGGGACUGCAGACUUGGAUUGUGCGACGACCCUCUGCAGGCCGACGGCGGCGAGACGCCACCUCCGAUCAAGAGAUGCAGCCAUUCGUACUCCAGAUCAGGUGGUACAAGACUAUGUCAGCUAGCUCUGUCACAAGCCGACUGUCGUGAUACUAAACUAUACGAGAAUGCAGUAUCUCAAAUGCCAUUAAUGCGAAAUUCUCCAAUAUGGAAUAAAUGGACGUAGAUCUAAUUAGCGCCACCCGGAAAGAAUGAAAAUUAACUAAAACAUAGAGGGACGGGUGAAGACUCGGCCCUUCCAGCUAACAGGCAGCUGCUCAAGGGUCAGAAGACUUGCAUCAAUCGUUCCUACAUCAUUUCGU